AUGGUUCACUGCGCCGGUUGCAAAAGACCCAUCCUGGACCGCUUCCUGCUCAACGUCCUGGACCGGGCUUGGCACGUGAAAUGCGUCCAGUGUUGCGAGUGUAAAUGCAACUUGACGGAGAAGUGUUUCUCUCGAGAAGGAAAACUCUACUGUAAAAACGACUUUUUUAGGUGUUUUGGUACCAAGUGUGCUGGCUGCGCGCAGGGCAUCUCUCCGAGCGAUUUGGUCCGGAGGGCCAGGACCAAGGUCUUUCAUUUGAACUGUUUCACUUGCAUGAUGUGCAACAAGCAACUGUCGACCGGCGAGGAACUUUAUAUCAUUGAUGAGAACAAAUUUGUCUGCAAAGAAGAUUAUCUGAGCAACAGCAACUCUGCCAAAGAGAACAGUCUGCACUCAGCCACAACUGGUAGCGACCCCAGCCUGUCCCCGGAUUCGCAAGACCCUGGCCAGGAUGACAGCAAGGAUUUGGAAAGCGCCAAUAUCUCUGACAAAGAAGUAGGCAGCAAUGAGAACGACGACCAAAACCUGGGGGCCAAAAGGAGAGGGCCCCGCACCACCAUUAAAGCCAAGCAAUUGGAGACCCUCAAAGCAGCAUUUGCCGCCACUCCGAAACCCACCCGGCACAUCCGUGAGCAGCUGGCACAGGAGACCGGCCUUAACAUGCGUGUCAUCCAGGUAUGA